ACCUGCACGUCUAACUGGCUAACUAUAGUUCCUUCUUCCGUGUUGUGUUUGUGUGUGUGGUUCUGACCCAGGCAGGCCCUUCUCUCUGGGACUCAGUCCUUUCCUUCAGAUGGCUCCGAGUAGAGCCAGGUUAAUCCUGUCUCUAUUCCUGACUGCAGACCAGCUGGAGAUCUAAUCCAGAUCAGACCAAUAGAAUAAACCCUCCUUCAUACCCUCAGACCAACACAUCCUCUCAGAACUGAAGGAACAUAAAGAAGUAGUCCUGUAGUAACAUGGAGAUUGGGCUGUGGCCCUGCAGUGUAUAUCUAGUAUAUAUAUAUAUAAUAGAUAUCAAUAGAAUAAACCCUCCUUCGUACCCUCAGCCGUCUCACUGUUGAACUCAAAAGGUAAAGGUAAUAUCAGCUCAAACACACAACCAACUGCCUACUUGACUUAAUCUGUGACAUCACAGAGAGGUGGAUGAUGUCAUCAGCCAGGAAACUUCAUGGAGUCUGAGGAAACGACCUCGGAGAGAUUCAACCGAAAAGGUCACACAGACACACACACAGACUCACACAGACUCUGAACUCUAAACGAGAUUAAUUUAAGCCUCUGACUCUGUGUGUGUGUGUCUCUCUCGUUCGAGAUCAUCAUCAGCACUUUCUGCAGCGUGGCGUUCAUUGAGGAUUUAUUUUCUUUAAUCAACUGAAACUGAUGGUUUUCUUUGGACAGAUGAAUCUGUGAGACAGAAGGUUUCCAGGAUGCAGCUUCCCAGGUGGUUUCCAGGGGCCUGUCUGUGGUUGCUAUGCGUCUCAGAGGUCUGGACAGCAACCUUUAAGCUGGCUCUGAUUGGUCCGUGGUCAUGUGACCCCAUGUUCUCCCGGGCGAUGCCCUCGUCGGCGGCCAACCUGGCGUUGUCACGGUUACGUAGCGACAUGGGUAUGAGCCGAGGAUACUGGUACGAUGUCAAACUGCUGGACGAGAGCUGCUCCGCCUCCAAAGCGCUGACGGAUCUCGGGGACAUGGAGGGUUACGGCCACGCCUACAUCGGGCCCUUUAACCCCGCCCUCUGCCACGCUGCCUCCCUAUUCGCUCAGCACUGGGAGGCGGGCCUUGCCUCGCCAGGCUGUCUGGAUGCUGAUUGGCCGAACCUGCCGCCCAUCACGCCGCCCAGCAGGGUGCUGUUCACCGUGCUGCGGUUCUUCCGCUGGGCGCACGUCGCCGUGGUCUCUGCUCCAUCCGACCUAUGGGAGAGCACCGGACAGGAAGUAGCCUCAGCGCUCCGAGCUCUGGGCCUGCCGAUUGGUCCGGUGGUUACCAUGGAAACAGAGAGCAAGGGCGGACCUCGGGAGGCGCUCAAAACUAUCAGAGAAGCCGACAAGGUCAAAGUGGUGAUAAUGUGCAUGAGCUCCGUCCUGAUUGGUGGACAGGAUCAGGAGGAGCUCCUAUUGGCUGCUCUGGACAUGGGGAUGGUUUCCGACGGUUACAUCUUCAUUCCGUAUGACGCCCUGCUGUACGCCAUGCCGUACCAGGACACAGUAUUUCCUCAGCUGACCAAUAACACAAAGCUUCGUCGCGCCUACAGCUCCGUGCUGACCGUUACCAUGGCGUCGGACCAGAGUUUCUACGAAGCUUUUCGUCAGGCUCAAAUAACCCGAGAGAUUCGCUCUGCUGUGGCUGCUACUGAGGUUUCUCCGGUCUUUGGGACGAUCUUCAACAUGGUGUACUUUGUUGCUAAGGCGGUGGAGGAGCGUCGUCAGGCAGGGGGCGGGCACUGGGUGAAAGGUGAUCAGCUCGUCCAGUCAAAUGGAGGCUUUGAUUUCCAGGGCUUCAAUCAGGAGUUGUAUGGCGGUAAAAAUGGGCGUGGCCUGCAGGCCAGGUACGUGGUGUUGGACAGUAACGGCGACCGCUUCGUGCCGACGCACACGCUCGCUCCGACGCACACGGACGGGACGGUCGGGGGUCUGAGACCACUGAGUCACUCCUUCAUCUUCCCUGGAGGAAAACCCCCCAAGGCCAGCUUCUGUUGGUUCAGUCCAGAGGAGGCCUGCAGUAGUGGUUUGGGCUCUGUGACAAUGUUCUUCAUCUUCCUGGUACUCUGCGCUGUGAUUGGAACUUUCAUCUACUGGUUCAGGAUUUACAGGAGAAGAGCGAGCACGACCAAACUGGUUCUGACUCUGGACGACAUCGUCUUCAUCGACACUCAAGUCAGCAAGAAGAAACUGAACGAUGAGUCCAUCAUGAGGAGUCUUCUGGAAAUAAAUACUCCGAUGCGCUCGAUCGCUCGAAGUUACAUCCUGACGUCACCUGAGAGCUCCAACAUCGGAAUCCUGGAGGGCGACUGGGUUUGGCUGAAGAAGAUCCCCGUUGAAAGGAAGAUAACAGCUGUGAAUCAAAGCACUCAGAGUCUUUUCAGCCAUCUGAGGGAGAUGCGACACGAGAACACCAACCUUUACGUGGGAUUGUUCGUGGACUCGGGGAUCUUUGCUCUGGUGGUGGAACACUGUCCUCGGGGGAGUCUGGCCGACCUGCUGGCCGACGGAGACAUGAGACUUGACUGGAUGUUCAAGUCCUCGCUGCUAAUGGACCUCAUCAAGGGGAUGAAGUACCUUCAUCUACGAGGGUUGAGUCACGGCCGUCUGAAGUCCACAAACUGUUUAGUCGAUGGACGCUUCGUUCUGAAAAUCACAGACUAUGGACUUCCCAUGAUCCUUCACUCUGAGAACAUCAGCCUUCCCGAGGACCCGCAAGAGCUGCUGUGGACGGCUCCAGAGCUCUUGAGGAAUCCGGUCCGAGGAGGUUCAUUUUCUGGAGACGUUUUCAGUUUCUCCAUCAUCAUACAGGAAGUGAUCUCACGAACGCUGCCUUACGCUAUGAUGGACAUGCCUGCCCAGGAGAUCGUGGAGCAUCUGAAGCAUCCCCCCCCUCUCUGCAGACCGAUAGUUUCGGUGGAUGAAGCUCCGGCUGAGUGUCUCAGUCUGAUGAACGAGUGUUGGAGCGAAGAUCCGAGUCAGAGGCCCGGCUUCGACCACAUCUUCAAACAGUUUCGGGGCAUUAACAAAGGGAAGAGGGCAAACAUCAUUGACUCAAUGCUGCGGAUGUUGGAGCAGUACAGUUCCAACCUGGAGGACCUGAUCAGAGAACGAACAGAUGAACUGGAGAUUGAGAGACAAAAGACCGAUAAGCUGAUCGGACAGCUGCUCCCAAAGUCCGUGGCUCAGGCUCUGAAGAAAGGGAAGCCGGUCCAGCCUGAACAUUAUUCGGACUGCACUCUUUACUUCAGCGACAUCGUUGGAUUUACAACCAUCUCAUUUCUCAGUGAACCCAUCGAGGUGGUCGACCUACUAAACGAUCUCUACACGAUGUUUGAUGCUAUCAUAGCGCGUCAUGACGUCUACAAGGUAGAAACAAUCGGAGACGCCUACAUGGUGGCUUCAGGUAUUCCCAACAGAAACGGGAAUCGGCACGCAGGAGAAGUGGCCAACAUGUCUCUGGAACUGCUUCACUCGAUCGGAGAAUUUAAGAUCAAACACAUGCCAGAGAUCAAAGUCAAGAUACGCAUUGGACUGCACUCAGGACCAGUGGUGGCAGGUGUUGUUGGUCUCACAAUGCCCAGGUAUUGUCUGUUUGGAGACACAGUGACCACGGCCUCACUCAUGGAAUCCUCCGGACUGCCCUACAGGAUCCACAUCAGUCUGAGCACAGUGAAGGUUCUGACCAGCCUCAAAGCAGGGUACCACAUAGAGACCAGAAAGGCCCAGGUGAAAGGAACUGUGGACACGUAUUGGCUGAUGGGGAGAGACGGCUUCGAUAGUCCACUUCCUGUUCCUCCAGACCUCACUGGAGGGUCGGGUCAUGGGAUCAGUCUGGACGAGGUUCCAGUUGAAAGAAGACAAAAGUUUCUGGACCGACAGAAGAUGAUAAAGAAAUGAUUACACACACAUGCAUUCACGUGCGCAGGCACGCACACACACAUAAAUACACACACAGGCACACAAUACUCACACAGGCACACACACAGACUGUUAAAGAAUGAAUGUUGUCAGAUUUUACUACAGUUAUCAGUUUAUAAUAAUCAGAACGACCGGCGUUGAUCAACUCGGCUAGGCAGCCCAGGCCGAGAGGGGGGUCGGGCCAGGGUUGCUAACAGCUGGGGCAGGAAAUGGGAGGUCACAGUAAGCUUUACGCUGGGUUUUCACAGUUAGCUCCAACAACAGCAGAGUUUAAAGCUGUAGUGCGUAACUUUAUGAUAUUAAUGAACGUCUGUUACAUUCAAGCCAUAGCCAAUUGAGUUGCUACAAAGCUAAUUAAGACUCCACACAACUCUCUCUGGAUUUCUCAGAAGAUUAUGUUGUCCGGUGACUUUCAGGCACAGAAGAUUGAGUGAAGAUAAUUACCUCUUCUGAAGACUCCAUCAUUUGUUUUUAAUCCUCUGUGUCCUACUUGGCUGCUUGUAACUGUGUGGAGGAGGGCGGGGGUGCGGUCAUGCAAGGCUUGUAUCAUGUGGACGCUCCGACAGUUGCUGUUGUCAUUACUCAUGCGGGAGACAGAAACUACGGAAAAUAGCUUUAAUUUAUUCCCGUGAGAACAGCGGUGAAAGUUCCUGAUUAGGGAUGUUCACGAUUAACCGUUUAAAUGUUAACAGACAAUUAUUACUAUCAUUCAAACAAUUCAAAAAACUAGUAAAAAAAGUUUGCAUUGUAAAAUAAAAAUAAGAUUCUUUUGUCUUUGUGAGUAAAUCGCUAGUGCUAACAUUGCAUUAGAAAGUUGUGUUUGAAGGUCCUUUUUCUGCUAAAGUCACGACGACUACCAUUACAUGACACAGUUCGCUACAUGUCUUGCUGUUUCCUGAUGCUCUUGUCUAAAAUCAUCUGGCCAAAGGAGUACAGUUGAAAAUUAGCCGGCUUGCUAACACUGGCACAUUUACAGAAAUGUUGAUAAAUGUGUGUUGUCUUUUAUAAAUAAAGAAUAAGAAUAAUAAGAAUUGAUAAGGACUGACGGGUUUAAUUGGCCGUCUGACACCUUGGUAAUUUCGCAGCCUAUCUGAUCGUUGUGGUGCAGAUGGGCUCGGACAUUUGUCCCGUGGACAGCUGCCAACUUGUACUGGUUGUGAGAACAUGCUAACAGUUGGGAAAAUGGCUGCAAGUAUCCAUGACAACGCACUCAACAUCUGCAGAUGCUAAAAAGAGAAAUUAAAACAGUAUCCUCCUUGUUUUCUGCUGCACCUGCAAUAAAUGAAAUGAGAGGCUUGGUUUAUACUGACAAAGACUCGGGGCUGACCCUGGUAAUGUGAAAGAAGUAUUAGUCAUAUUGUUUUAGUUUUUUUGUCUAAAGUCAAGACAAAGUAAUAACAUAUGACUGUUAUUUAUGAGAAAACUUCCCAUGAUGCAUUUGAUCUCAGCUUUUCUUCAUUGUUAGCUGAAUAUUAAACUAAAGUAGAUGUGAGUUUGGCUCUACAGUUACUUUUAUUUUUAUUUUUGUUAUUAUGGUUCUGAUGGUUGGAGGCUAACGGCUGACUGUUGGACCCUAACAGAAGAUCCACAGACAACUCAAUGUCGUUGAUCAUUUAUUAGCUAACAAGCCUUUAAGAUCUGAGGGAUACAAGCCCGUCUCAGUUAAAAUAUUCAAUAUAAAAUAAAGAAAUAAUCAAAGGAAACUUGCAAGCACGAUAUCUGAAGCCAAGCUUUACGACGAUAAAAAUCAACUAUUAACAACUACUAACUGACAAAUUAUCAAUACUUUUAAUGUCAAAUUAAUUCACAAUCCCACAAAGAUACUAAUUAAACAGAUAAAUAUGUAUACAUAGAUAAAUACUCUGGAUGUACUGUCUCGCAUUUAAAUAAUAAGUUAAUAUUUACAGGUUUCAUCAAUGUACUUUACAGUACACACUGACCUGAGGGAUAAAAGCCCAGUCUGACUUGUUUCUUCAGUGAUGGAAGCUUUUUGGCUGCAAUGUUACCUUGGAUACUAUAACCUUGUAACUUAUUACUUAUGAAAUGGAACUAUAAAAAUAUGAAAAAUACUGUAUUUAACUACCAAAUAAAAGAAAAAAUACUAUCAAAAUAAAUUAGAACUCAAAUUGUGUGUUUAACAUAAGAUGCAAAAGGCAUAUGUUACACAUGUUAGACAUUUAAAGACUAUUGUUUAUUUGUGUUUCCUUGUUGUUGUUCUUAAACCUGUCAUGUAGAAAAUAAUUCAAUAAAAUGUUCAGUUCACAA